GACAGGUGUCUCUCCAUACAGAUCAUACUGAAGACACACUUUGCAUUCAGGAUGGAAAUGAGGACUUUAGUUCCAAUCCUGGUGAUUGCAGUCACAUUUUGCUUUGACCCAGCAACAUCAAAUCGCAUUAAAGAUGGCAAAAAGGGCACCAAACAGGGCACUGAUACAGUGUCAAGCUGCUUGCAGAAAGCCAUGGCAAAAGAUAAUAACGCUAUUGAUGGUGUGAUAGAAUUCCUGUGUUCAUUUAUGAAGUACAAGAAUACGACUAACAAAGAAGAACUCAUCCAAGCAAUUGAAAAUCUUGAGGAGGUCACUGGGUGCGGCACUAAAGACAUUUUUGGAUCUGAUGCAAGUCUGGAGCAGUUGCAUCUGGAUGAGAAUAAUGUUCUUACAAGCCAGAUAAUCGCCAUGGAAAAACUUCUGAAAAAUUACAUUCUUAUGCCUAUAGUAGCCCCUGUAUGUGAUCUGCUGGAUUAUAUAGAAAAUUCUACAGAUAUUGCCACACAGGACAGUGCAGGGAAAGGUCAAGGACAUAAACGGGCUACUCGAGACAUUUUAAGCCUUGUAGGUGGACUAUCAGGGGGUCUUGGUGGAAUAGGGGGACUGUUAAACCUACUUGGUUUAGUUGGUACAUUGUUAAGCCCAUUGACUACUUUAUUAUCUGGACUCAGUGGAGUGACAAACCUAAUUGGAGGUUUAGGGAAUGGAGCUACAGGACUUCUUGUUGCUAUACAGAUCUAUGUGUCUCAGAGGCAACUGAAGGCUUCUAUUAUCUGA